AUGAAGUUCACCGCCUCCAUCGUGUCCGCCCUCCUCGGCGCCGCAUCCAUCGUCUCCGCCGCGCCGCUUGACUCCUCCAACACCCUCACCCGGCGCCAGACCGUCCCGGACGUGACUGUUCAGCUCGCCAAUGACCAGUCCGGUGCCAACUGGGCGGCUACCUUUGCGGCCGAUGGCUCUGUCCAUUCUAUCAACGCCCUCUACGGAGGCGCCAUCUGGGCAUCCAGCGCGCAGCUUGUCAACUUCCCUCAGAACAUCGUCUGCUUCUUUUCUGAUGCAAACUGGAACGUCUUCGCGGACCUCACCACGCAGAAGACCUAUGUCGAUUUGGAUGGAAACCCUGAUGUGGCCACUCCUAUUUCCUUGGAUGGUUCAUUUGUGUACUGCCAUGUGUGA